GAUCAGGUUCAUGUAACUAACGCGUUGCAUGAUCUUGAUAAAAAUCUUAAUAAGGAAGUUGAUUUUAGCUUUAGAGUUAGUCUUGGUCUUAGUGAAGCUUUAAUGCUUCGUGAAAAAGGUUGUACUUGUUUAGAAUUCAAGAACUUGGGUGCCUCAGUGGCAUUUGUACGUGAUCAAGACAAAAAAAGAAGGAACAUUGUAAUUGAACGAAGACAAUACAUACCUGAGUUCUUCGUUGGUGGAACUAGUAGUUCAAAAGGUCGUGAACUAUUUGUGGACAGUUCAACGAAAGCAGAAAAAACAUGGGUCGCGUUUAUGUUACGUAUGUCAUUGCAAAGGGCACUUGGCACGUUCAUAUCCGUCUUUGGAGAAUCGAAACUGACUCAUUUGGAUGAUGGAAUCGUUGGAUAUAUUCAAGGCAUUAAAGUCAUCGUUAAUGGUGUAAAGUCAGUUCAAAGGUUUAAUAUAAUUAGAGAUUCAUCUGUUGAUAUUGUUCUUGGAAUGCUGUGGAUUGCAACGUUUGUGAUUUCAGAUGAACCUGCCGUCGAUAAAAGCUUCGUUUAUGAAGAUCGUGCUAUGAAAGACGAAGAUAGUGAUGAUAGAAAGGACAAUUAUGUUGUAAAUGUAGGGUGUAUUAGAUGUGAAUCGAUGAAGAAUGGUGAGAAUAGUGUUGGUAAUGUGAUGAAGAUGAAUAGAGUCAUUAGUAUAAUGAAUGUAAAGGAUGCUGAUAGGAGAAGACCCAAAAGAGAACACAUACCUGAUACUCAAGCGAUGAAUGACAAACACCCAAAAAAUCUUGAUUCCAAAAUCGAUCGUAUUGAUGAAACUGCUGAAAGUGCUGUGGAUUUUAGAUGUAUGGGUUAUGAUGAAUUGAGUCUAAAGGAUAAAAUGAAAAUCAAAGGCUUACCUGAUACGCUAUUUGAUGAAAAUGUGCUGAAAAGGAGUUGUGGUGUAUACAGUAAUGAAAAAGCACUGAUGUCGAUUGAAGAGGUAUAUCCUGGGUUUCUUCCUUUCAAAGAUAGUAUCGAUCGGUUAACACGAAUCUUGAGGAUAAAGCAAGGUGAUGAAGAAUGUGUUGAUGAGUAUACUAGGCAUUACGAUGCUUGGUUGAUUAUAAUAAAUGGUGACGUUUCAAAAGAUAAAAAGAGACACUGGUAUGUUCUUUGGCUAAAAUAUCAUGACAAAGUCAAAUCCUUCAUACCCGAAAUAUACGAACAAGCAAAAGGAUUGGCUUUGCUGAUGGAAGCAAAAAUAGAAGUUGAAAAGGAUGUAACAACAGUUGGUAGUAAAGGGGAAAUGGAUAAUAAAUGA